AUGGCAGCCAAGCUUCCCAAGACUUCCAUCGAUUCACGAGGCCGCGAAAGUCCUGACUUGAUCUCUCUGAACAAUGCUCUAGACGAACAAAGUACUGGAGAUUUCAUCAAUCCUGACUACGAGUUUGACCAAUUUGAAACAGAACUUGCUGCCGUAAAUGUAGUAAAUGAAAAUGAAGACGGCGAUUCACUGGCCUUAAUAUCUCCUAAAGAAUUCGCGGAUGAGGAUUAUGAAGCAGAAUUAGGAACGGCGGCGCAGGAGCUGACUGUUCAAGAAGCACUAGACGUUGAAUACCAGGACAUUGCGAGAAUGGGUGUCAUUCAAGUUGCUGGUGAUGAUCGAUUAGGGCGAAAAGUUGUUGUCUUCUCCUCUUGUCGUCUCCCUGAUUAUGAUAAGGUGGACUAUCAGAGACUUUAUGAGUAA